GCGAUGUCAUUUGGUCGUAAAAAUGGGCCAAAACUUGGUCCGUUUACGGUCCAGGAGCCGUGGCUGUCUUCAUGGUCUGGACUGUGGCGCGUACUUCAGCAGGUGGAAUCUGUGGUGGUGUUUCUUCUUGAGGAUAGCGGGGUUUAA